UGUGGACUUUGUGGAAACUUCAAUGGAAAUCCAAAUGAUGAGUUCCGCAUCCCAUCUGGAAUGAUGGUCACCACUCCAGAUGAGUUUGGGACAGCUUGGAAGGUGGCAGGCAGCGAUACUUGCAGCGAUGGGUGUGGCUCCUCCUGCCAACAAUGUACCAAUGAGCUCCAUGCUAGAGCUCAGUGUGAGGUGAUUCAGGCAGCCGACGGCCCGUUAAGAUUCUGCCAUGAGCACGUGGACCCGGCACGAUAUUUCAAGAGCUGUGUGUUUGACGUGUGUGUGUUGGGAGAUGAUUUUCUGUGCGGGGCCAUUCAAACAUAUGUCAGCGCCUGUCAGUCUGCUAAUGGUCGAAUCUACCCAUGGAGACAAAACACCACCUGCAGACCUGAGUGUCCCGCCAACAGCCAUUAUGAGCUGUGUGGUAGCGACUGUGGCCACACCUGUGCCAGCAGCAUGAAUGCCAGCUGCGGGCAGGUUUGCUCUGAGGGAUGUUUCUGUGAUGAAGGUUUCGUCAGGAGUGGGACGGGAUGUGUCCCUGUGGAAAGCUGUGGCUGUGAACAUGACGGCUCCUACUAUAAGGAUGGUGAGUCCUUCUGGACAGAAGGUUGCUCCCAGCAAUGUGAGUGCCAUGCUCCCAAUGACCUGCGCUGUUCUGCUGCAUCUUGCACUCCUGCACAAGAGUGUGCCAUCAGAGAUGGCAGGCUGGGCUGUUUUCUUUACGAUUUGACCACUUGCACCGUGUGGGGGGAUCCACACUACAUCACUUUUGAUCACAAGGCCUAUGACUUCCAGGGAACGUGUCGCUAUGUUGUAGCAACCCUUUGUAAUGACACAGAUGGACUCCAUCCAUUUUCAGUGGAAGCUAAGAAUGAGCGCUGGAGUCGGAGUACAGUUUCAGUCAUAGCUGAAGUUUUUGUGAACGUGUUGGGCAAUCAAGUGCAUAUGUCCAGGGGACGCAACGGUGUGGUAAAAGACCUGAGUGUCCCGCCAACAGCCAUUAUGAGCUGUGUGGUAGCGACUGUGGCCACACCUGUGCCAGCAGCAUUAAUGCCAGCUGCGGGCAGGUUUGCUCUGAGGGAUGUUUCUGUGAUGAAGGUUUCGUCAGGAGUGGGACGGGAUGUGUCCCUGUGGAAAGCUGUGGCUGUGAACAUGACGGCUCCUACUAUAAGGAUGGUGAGUCCUUCUGGACAGAAGGUUGCUCCCAGCGAUGUGAGUGCCAUGCUCCCAAUGACCUGCGCUGUUCUGCUGCAUCUUGCACUCCUGCACAAGAGUGUGCCAUCAGAGAUGGCAGGCUGGGCUGUUUUCUUUACGAUUUGA